GUCACUGUGCAACGAGCAUGCCAUAACUCCUUCAUCGAAUGGGCCAAGGGCGAUUCGCCACAUGCAAAGUACACCGUAUCCAGUGUGAUCUUCGUCGCGCAAAUUAUUUGUGUUGCGAUCGGCUGGAUCUUGGCUCACAGUACUGGAGGUAAGGAAGACCUGAAGAAGUGCUUCGAUGCUGGAAAUCUGACGAAGUUUGCCCACAUUGGCCUUAUCUAUGCCUUGGGAGACAUCUUCGAGAUGGAAUCAGUCAACUACAUCGACUCCUCCACCUACACCGUGCUAUCUCAGUCAAAGCUCAUCAUCACGGCAUCGCUGAUGUGGAUCCUGGAUGGCUCUGCACAGAGCAUGAUGCAGUGGUUCAUCCUCUUCACAACCUCCUCUGGCAUGCUGGAGUAUGUCCUGGUGGGCAAGGCGAAGGGCGGGGCCAUGACCUUUAGCGUCUUCGGUGUUUGCCUGGCCCUGGUCAAGGUCUUGAUUAGCUGCUAUGUGGCAGUCCUGAACACGAAGGCGCUGAAGCGGGACAACAACCCCUUCCCUGUUCAGUUCUCUUGCUUGAAGGUUUCAUGGGCAAUGGCCAGCUUGGUCUACAUGAUCGUCAAGGAUGGCAUCUUGGGCGACGGCAUGUUUGGUGAAUGGACUCACCGAACGGUGGUCCUCGUCUUCUGUGGUUUCAUCCUUAAGACGCUCUUCAAUCAGUACCUGCUCAAGGUCCUGGAUGCCAUCUGGAAGAACAUCAGCGAGGCGAUCGGCGUGAUCCUCGUCUACUUCGGACGUGUGAUGUUCCUAGGAGGAAAGUACGACCCGACCGUGUUCAACGCUGGGGUUACCGUCGUGCUUGCAUGCAUUGCCUACGUCCUGUCCAAGGAGGGCAAGGCGAAAAAGAGCGAAGUCGGGGACGAGCUUGACCCAAACAUGUACCCGGAUCUUACAACAUCCCUGCUUCGACAUCGGCGUGCGUGA